AUGGGAGAGUUGAAAGUUGGAAGAGCAUUGAUUGAUUUGGGAGCUAGCAUUAAUUUAAUGUCGCUCUCUAUGUUCAAAAGAAUUGAAGGUUUGGAACUCAAACCUACUAGAAUGGCACUCCAAUUGGCGGACAUGUCACUUAAAUACCCGUAUGGGAUGGUUGAAGAUGUGUUGGUGAAGGUGGACAAAUUUGUAUUUCCAGUGGAUUUUGUCAUAAUGGAGAUGGAAGAGAAUGGAGAUGUGCCUCUCAUUCUAGGAAGACCAUUUAUGAAGACUGCUAGAAUUUUAAUUGAUGUGGAGAAUGGCAAGCUAAAAGUAAGAGUACAAGAUGAAGAAGUGAAUUUUGAUGUAUUCAAAGCCAUGACACACCCUAAGGAUGAUAAAUCAUGUUUCCAAUUUGAUAUGCUCAAUGAAGUUUGUAUGGUGUAA